GGCGGCUCUUCCUGUCUGAGAGUUAGUUCCAAUAUGGCUGCUGCGGCGGCGGCGGCGGAGCGGGAAUGGGUCGUUACCCGGGACGGCUGCCUGAGCUGUGACGAGGGCCUGCGGAGCCUGACCUACCACCCGGCUCUCAACGCGAUCCUGGCCGUCACCAGCCGCUCCACCCUCAAAGUCAUCGACGGCACCUCGGGCGCCCUGCUGCAGGUGUCGCGGCUGAACGCAAAACCAGGCGGACAGGUGAAAUGUCAGUACUUUCCAGCGGUGGAUAAAGUUGUCUUUGUGGGUGACUAUGCAGUGGGAUGUAGGAAAGAUCUGAAUGGAAUUUUACUGCUUGAUACAGCGCUGCAGACUCCUGUCUCAAAGCAGGAUGAUGUGGUUCAGCUUGAAUUGCCAGUUACAGAGGCCCAGCAGUUGCUGUCUGCCUGUCUGGAGAAGGUGGAAGUGUCGUAUAUAGAAGGGUAUGACCAGUUUAUCACACAGCUAAAAGAUGGGCUGCAAAAUACCUCUCAUGAGACGGCAGCGAAUCAUAAAGUUGCAAAGUGGGCAACAGUUACUUUUCAUCUUCCUCAUCAUAUCCUGAAGUCAGUUGCCAAUGCCAUUGUAAAUGAGUUGAAAAAGACCAAUCAUAAUAUUGCUGCCCUGCCUGUAGCUUCAUCUGUAAUGGACAGGCUGUCCUACCUCUUACCAAGUGCGCGACCUGAACUUGGUGUGGGUCCUGGUCGCUCUGUAGACAGAUCAUUAAUGUACAGUGAGGCUAACAGAAGAGAAACCUUCACCUCUUGGCCACAUGUAGGAUACAGAUGGGCACAGCCGGACCCAAUGGCUCAGGCUGGAUUCUAUCACCAACCAGCCUCUUCUGGGGAUGACAGAGCAAUGUGUUUUACGUGUAGUGUGUGCCUCGUGUGCUGGGAGCCUACAGAUGAGCCUUGGUCAGAACAUGAACGGCAUUCUCCUAACUGCCCAUUUGUGAAGGGGGAACACACACAAAAUGUGCCGCUAUCAAUAACCUUGGCAACCAGUCCAGCACAGUUUCCCAGCAUAGAUGCUCCUGACAGGAUAGCAUGUAUUGGCUUUGGAAGCUGUCCUCAUUUCUUAGCCGCUUCAACAAGACGUGGGAAGAUCUGUAUAUGGGAUGUAUCUAAAAUGAUGAAGGUUCAUUUGAAAUUUGACAUUAAUCCAUAUGAUCCAGCAAUUUUAAGGCAAAUUUCUAUGCUUGGGGUGGAGCAAGGAUCGGUUAGUGAAUCCAGGAGACCAACAUUAGCAUGGUUAGAAGAUUCUUCCAGUUGUUCUGAUAUACCAAGACUAGAAGGAGACAGUGAUGAUCAACUUGAAGAUUCUGAUAGUGAAGAGCAUUCCAGAUCAGAUUCAGCAACAGGGCAUACUUCUCAGAAGGAGUGCAGCAUGGACAUCAAUGUUGACGUGACCGGGCUGAGCAUUCUCCAGCAGCCUGAAAAGCUUCAGUGGGAAAUAGUGGCAAAUGUGCUUGAGGAUACAGUUAAGGACCUGGAGGAGCUGGGUGGAAAUCCAUCUACAGUAACAAAGAGUGAGAAAAAUAAGGAAAAGCAUCCUGAGCAGCACAACAUUCCCUUUCCGUGUUUGUUAGCAGGAAUUUUACUAUCCUACAAAUCUGCUGCUGCCUCCCCUGUUAGUAGUCACUCACGUAGAUCCCUAGAUUCUUUAAGCAGGACUCAAGGUGAAAGUGUGUCUGAGCAAGUGACUGUGGACAUCGAAUCCUGUAGUAAUUCGGAGUUGAGUUCACCUUUAGUAAGAAGGACCUUGCCUUUGUUGUUGCUUUAUAGCAUUAAAGAAUCUGAUGAAAAAGCAGGCAAAGUUUUUGCACAGAUGAACAAUCUUGUGAGUAAAAGUUUACAUGAUGAAGGUUUCACUGUCCCGCAGAUAAUAGAAAUGGAAUUAGACAGCCAAGAGCAACUGCUGCUGCAGGACCCUCCUAUGACGUACAUUCAGCAGUUUGCUUCUGCUGCUGCUAACCUUGCCUCUGUAGAAACAGAUAAAUGGAGUGCAGCGGUUCCGAAGCCUGGAGCUUUAGUUCAUUGCCUACGGCUACCAAAAUUUGCUGAAGAGGAGAAUCUGUAUGUUGAUUCCAUUACUCCCUGUGCUGAUGGACUUCAUCUUUUGAUAGGACUGAGGACAUCUCCAGUCACAUCUCUGAGUGCAAUAAAUCAAGUAGAGGCCUUGAAUAACUUAAAUAAAUUGAACUCUGCACUGUGUAGUAGAAAUAAAGGAGAUUUAGAAUCCAAUCUAACCAUAGGGAAUGGUGCAGAUAUUAGUGCCCUCCAGGAAGGAUCACCUAGUGAUGCACCAACUCCACUCAUUAUCCAGCCUGAACAAAGAAACCGGAGUGGUGGUUAUCUUCUGCUUUAUAAAAUGAACUAUACCACCAGGAUAGUAUCUUUGGAAGAGCAGCCUAUUCAAAUUCAACAUAUCAAGGAUCCACAGGAUGCUGUUACCUCACUAAUAUUACUUCCACCAGAUGUUUUGAAUAAUCGGGAAGACGAUUGUGAGGAAAUAAUUGAUGAAAUGCCUUUGAUCUCAAAAAAUGGAAAUGGGAGAGAUAAGAAAUCUGCUGCAUCUAGUCUGGGCCAUUUAGUAGUUACUACUGAGGGAGGAUUUGUGAAAAUAUUAGAUCUCUCCAACUUUGAAACUCUGGCCAAAGUGGAGCCACCUCGAAAAGAGAAUGGUAACGAACUGGAUCCUUUUAUCUCGGUGGUAUACUGCUCUGGAACAGACAGACUUUGCGCAAGCACUUACGGUGGAGACCUUCAUUUCCUUCAAAUUGGAGGGACUUUUGAAGAUGCAGAUGAAACAGAUAUAUUUGUGGAUGGACCCAUUCCUAAAGGGAUAGAACAAUUGUCAGAAGGAACAAAAUAUACGUCUACUCCUUCUAGUCCUGGAAUUGCAGGAGUUGACUUGCUGGUGGACCAACCUUUCUCUGCGGAAGUACUGACAUCACUGGUCGAGCUCACUAGGUUUGAGACAUUGACCCCACGCUUUUCAGCUACUGUCCCUCCAUGCUGGGUGGAAGUUCAACAGGAGCAGCAGCAAAGGCGGCACCCACAACAUCUACACCAGCAGCACCAUGGGGAUGCAGCACAGCACACUCGCACCUGGAAACUUCAGCCAGACAGCACCAGCUGGGAGGAGCAUGUAUUUGAGCUGGUUUUGCCCAAAGCCUGUAUGGUUGGACAUGUGGACUUCAAGUUUGUUUUGAAUUCGAAUAUCACAAACAUUCCCCAGAUUCAAGUCACUUUACUGAAAAAUAAGGCACCUGGCUUGGGCAAAGUAACUGAGUCCGCUGUAGACAAGCAGAUAUCAUUUCCUUUAUCUCCAGCUUUGAAUGUGGAGGUAGAGAGGAAUGGAAGACCUGGUCUUGUUGAUUUAAGUGAAGAAAUUCAAUACACCAUGGAUAUAGAUGACUCUCAAGGUCCCAGGCUGUGCCAGUUUCUGGAGGAGCACAAAGAAGAUGUUCUGUGUGGCCCUGUGUGGCUGGCUAGUGGUCUUGAUCUUUCAGGGCAUGCUGGGAUGCUGACGCUAACUAGUCCUAAACUAAUUAAAGGCAUGGCGGGUGGAAAGUAUCGAUCAUUUUUGGUCCACAUCAGGUCAGCCAAUGACAAGUCAAAUGAGGAGAAUUCAAAUGGCACUGGAAUAAGGCCAGUUUUGAGAAUGCAAGCUUCCAAGCCACAGAACAACAAGAGUCACUCCCUUGCUUCAUUACUCGCAAAGGUUGCAGCAGGAAAGGAGAAGACAUCCACCUCAAAGGCAGCUGAGCCUGGAAGCUCAACCAAGAAACCUGACAAUCUCAGAGGUUGUGAUUUAUUACAAGAAGUUUCUGUCACGAUUCGGAGAUUCAAGAAAACCUGCAUCCCGAAAGAAAGAGUGCAAAGAUGUGCCAUGUUGCAGUUCUCUGAGUUCCAUGAAAAGCUGCUAAAUACACUGUGCAAGAAGUCGGAUGAUGGUCCUGUCACAGAACAUGCUCAAAGCCUUGUGUUGGAUACUCUCUGCUGGCUGGCAGGAGUGCACGCAAAUGGAUCUGGCAGUUUCAGAGAUGGCAAGGAAAGUCUGCACUCAAAAACGAAGAAAAGACUCACUGAUAUUGUACGAGUUUGCUUCCUUGAAGCUGGUAGGAGUAUAGCACACAAAUGUGCCCGGUUCCUUGCACUUUGUAUAAGUAAUGGCAAAGCAGAACCAAGUCAACUAGGAUUUGGAGGAGCCCUGUUGAAAGCUCUGAUGGACAAUUUGCCUUACUUGCCUGCAGCUGCGACUGGUGGUUCUGUAUUCUGGUACUUUGUAUUGCUGAACUACGUAAAGGAUGAAGAUCUGGCUGGAUGCAGUACAGUUUGUGCCUCUCUCCUCACCGCUGUCUCCAAACAACUGCAGGAUCGUCUCACACCUCUCGAAGCUUUACUUCAGACAAGGUAUGGCUUGUAUAGCUCGCCCUUUGAUCCAGUCCUGUUCGAUCUGGAAAUGGGUGGUUCUUCCUGCAAGAAUGCCUACAAUAGCAACAUGGGUGUGCAGUCUGAUGAAAUCGACCUUUCUGAUGUUUUGUCAGGAAAUGGGAAAAUGAGCAGUUGUGCUGCAGCAGAGGGCAGUUUCACAGCUCUGACAGGACUGCUGGAAGUAGAACCUCUACAUUUCAGUUGCAUUUCAACAAGUGAUGGUACCAGAGUGGAAAGGGAUGAUGCAAUGAGUGGCUUUGGCCUUACAACAGCAGUUGGCGGUCUUACAACUGGUACAGUGGGUGAAGCCUCCACAGCACUAAGUUCAGCAGCUCAAGUAGCUUUACAGUCCCUCUCCCAUGCUAUGGCCUCAGCAGAGCAACAGCUACAGGUUCUACAGGAGAAACAGCAGCAGUUGUUAAAGCUUCAACAGCAGAAAGCCAAGCUGGAAGCCAAGUUGCAUCAGACUACAGCAGCAGCGGUAGCAGCAGCAGCACCUGGACCUAUUCACAACUCAGUGCCUUUUAGCGCCUCCACAGCACCUGGCUUCCUCAUACAUCCCACCGAUGUCAUUCCCCCCACUCCAAAAACAACGCCAUUAUUCAUGACUCCUCCACUAACGCCGCCCAAUGAGUCUGUUUCCACCAUCAGUGCAGAAUUAGCACAACUCUUCCCUGUCUCGGGCAUUGAGCCCCAUCCAGUUACUGUCGCCAUUCACUCAAAAAAUACCAACAAGGCCAAAACGAGUCCUUUGGGAACUGGUUUAGCACUUGCAAUUUCACAUGCUUCCCAUUUCCUCCAGCCUCCCCCGCAUCAGUCUAUCAUCAUUGAACGCAUGCACUCAGGUGCAAGAAGAUUUGUGACACUUGACUUUGGGAGGCCAAUACUGCUGACCGAUGUGCUGAUUCCAACCUGUGCAGACUUGGCGUCUUUAUCAAUUGACAUUUGGACUUUGGGAGAGGAGGUGGAUGGAAGGCGCUUGGUUGUGGCUACAGACAUUAGUACACAUUCAUUAAUUCUUCACGAUCUAUUGCCACCACCAGUUUGUAGAUUCAUGAAGAUCACAGUUAUAGGACGUUAUGGCAGCACAAAUGCAAGGGCUAAAAUACCAUUGGGGCUGUAUUAUGGACACACCUAUAUCUUGCCAUGGGAAAGUGAGAUCAAAUUGAUACACGAUCCACUGAGAGGUGAAAGCGACUCUGCGAGCCAGCCAGAAAUGGAGCAACAGUUGACGAUGAUGGUGGCUCUUCAAGAAGACAUACAGUGCAGAUAUAACCUGGCUUGCCAUAGGCUGGAAACGCUAUUGCAGAACAUUGAUCUUCCUCCACUCAACAGCGCUAACAAUGCUCAGUACUUCUUGCGGAAGCCUGACAAAGCGGUGGAGGAGGAUAGUAAAGUAUUCUCAGCAUAUCAGGAUUGCAUCCAGUUGCAGCUCCAACUAAACCUUGCCCAUCAUGCUGUGCAACGCCUAAGAGUGGCACUUGGAUCCAGCAGGAAGACACUGCCAGAAAUCUAUGAUACAAAGGAGCUGAUUCAAAAUUCUUCUACAGAGCAACUGCGCACUAUUAUCCGAUACCUUCUGGAUACACUGCUGAGCCUUUUGCAUUCAUCCAAUGGUCAUUCUGUUCCAGCAGUUCUUCAGAGCACUUUUAAUGCUCAGGCAUGUGAAGAACUCUUCAAACACCUGUGCAUCAGUGGUACUCCAAAGAUCCGACUUCAUGCAGGACUGCUGCUUGUCCAGCUGUGUGGUGGUGAGAGAUGGUGGGGGCAGUUCCUCUCUAAUGUCUUACAAGAACUUUAUAACUCGGAGCAGCAUCUCAUCUUUCCACAAGACAGGGUUUUUAUGUUACUUUCGUGCUUUGGUCAGCGAUCUCUCAGUAAUAGUGGGGUGUUGGAAGGCCUGCUUAACCUUUUGGAUAAUUUGUUGUCACCUCUUCAGCCGCAAACAACAGGAACAUUCAGACGCACAGAAGGAGUACUGGACAUUCCGAUGGUCAGUUGGGUUGUGAUGCUUGUAUCUCGACUGCUAGACUAUGUUGCAAAUGUUGAGGAUGAAGUGGCCUCAGCCAAAAAGCAGCUAAAUGGUAAAGACCGGGAACGAAUUCUGACAGGCAACCAAUGGAGUUUUAUCAAUAACAAUCUUCAAUCACAGUGCUCCAGCAGAUCUGCCAAGGGCAGCAACAGCCUUGACCGCUUAUACUCCCGGAAAAUUCGAAAACAACUUAUACACCAUAAACAGCAACUCAAUUUGUUAAAAGCAAGACAGAAGACACUGGUUGAGCAAAUAGAAAAAGAGAAGAUCCAAAGCAGUAAAGGAUCCUCAUACAAGCUGUUGGUUGAACAAGCAAAACUAAAGCAAAUUACAUCAAAGCACUUUAAAGACCUCAUUCGUCUACGUCGAACAGCAGAGUGGCCUCGCACUACUUUAGAUUCAGAAUCUUCUGCCACUAAAGAAUCUCCUGAGGUGGAACCACUUCCAUUUACCUUAUCCCAUGAUCGCUGCAUUGCGGUGGUGCAGAAACUUGCACUUUUUCUCCUCUCCAUGGAUUUCACCUGUCAUGCAGAUCUACUGUUGUUUGUCUGUAAGGUUCUUGCACGAAUUGCAAAUGCUACCAGACCAACAAUUCACCUGUGUGAAAUAGUUAAUGAGCAGCAGCUUGAACGCCUUUUGUUGCUGUUAGUAGGAACAGACUUCAACAGGGGUGACAUCUCCUGGGGUGGAGCCUGGGCACAAUAUUCCUUGACUUGCAUGAUCCAAGACAUCUUGGGAGGUGAGCUGCUGUCACCAGUUGUCUCGGACACCAUGGAAGAAGGAGCGGUGGGUGAAGAUGCUGGAGCAUCUGCAGCUGACACUGAUGAUUCUCUGCAACAACCUUCUGUCAUUCCACUUGUUGAAUCUAUAGAUGAACCUCUGACCCCUGAUAUUGCGGGUGCUCCGUCUGCAUCAUCUUUGGAAAAAGAUAAAGACAAAGACUUUGACAUGCUACAAGACCUCAUGGAUGUUGAUAUUGGUCCCCUAGAUGUUGACUUUGAUGAAGAUCCCCUUGCUGCCAAGGUGUUCAAGCCUAUUAGCAGUACUUGGUAUGACUAUUGGGGUACCGACUAUGGCACUUACAGUUACAAUCCUUAUAUUGGUGGCGUUGGAAUUCAGAUGCCCAAACCACCCCCUACCAGUGAGAAGAAUGGAUCUCAAAGCGUCUCUGUGUCUGUAUCUCAAGCUCUAGAUGCCCGUUUGGAGGUAGGAGUGGAACAGCAGGCUGAGCUUAUGUUGAAGAUGAUGGCUACUCUGGAAGCUGACUCGAUUCUUCAGGCUCUCACUAACACAUCUCCCACAGUGUCACAGCCCUCUCAUGGAACAGAUGAUGCUUUGCUAAGAGGGUUACAUUCAGCAAGUCAGCUGGUGAUCCCACCACCAUCAAUUCCUAUGUUGAGUGCAUGUUUCAACAAACUGUUCUCAAUGCUUCAAGUUCAUCACGUUCAGUUGGAAUCAUUGCUACAGUUGUGGCUUACACUGAGCAUGAAUGCUUGUUCUGUUGGAAGUGAGGACACUGGAGCAGAUAUAUUUUUAUUUAACGCAAGCAGAGUACCAACCAUACCCUUAAAUCAAGCUUCAAUAUCAAGCCUCUUGACUAUCUUGGCUUGGUACCCAAAUACCUCUCUAAGGACUUGGUGUCUUGUUUUGCAUAGUUUAACUCUUAUGACAAACAUGCAACUAAAUGCUCCUCCAAGCAAUAGCAUGGUACUCCAGGAAAGUACAGCCCAGCUGAUGGUAUCUGACCCAAAUAUGAUUCAUGUACUUGUGAGGUUCUUCUCAGGAACCAGCCCUCAUGGCACUUGUCAACACAGCCCACAGGUUGGACCCACGGCCACUCAAGCUAUGCAAGAGUUCCUCACUCGACUUCAGGUGCACCUCUCCUCAACCAAUCCUCAGAUGUUCAGUGAAUUCCUGCUGAAGCUUAUACAUAUACUUUCAACUGAAAGGGGCCCUUUUCAGACAGGCCAAGGGCCAUUGGAUGCACAGGUGAAACUCCUGGAGUUUAGUCUGGAGCAGAAUUUUGAGUCUGUUUCUGUCAGCACCAUCUCUGCUGUCAUCGAAUCUGUGACCUUCCUGGUGCACCAUUACAUCACCUGCUCUGACAAGGUCAUAUCCCGAAGUGGCUCGGAUAGCACGGUUGGUGCUCGUGCCUGUUUUGGCGGAUUGUUUGCUAACAUCAUACGUCCAGGUGACGCUAAGGCAGUGUGUGGAGAGACGACAAGGGAUCAGCUCAUGUUUGAUUUGCUAAAGCUGGUUAACAUUUUGGUGCAGCUACCCCUUUCAAGUAACCGGGAGUUCAGUGCUCGAAUGCCAGUUUCUAGCAGUGCCUCAGAUAGCGUGUCUGAUGAGGAAAAAGUCUCUGGCAGCAAAGAUGGCAAUGGGAGCACCUCGACAACCCAAGGAACAACAACUUGCAUUGCAGAUUUGGUUUUGGGCAACCAACAAAUCAUGAGUCAGAUUCUUUCAGCUUUGGGCCAGUGCAAUAGCAAUGCUAUGGCAAUGAUAAUCGGUGCAAGUGGAUUACAUCUUACUAAACACGAGAAUUUCCACAGUGGUUUAGAUGCUAUUUCAGUUGGGGACGGACUCUUCAGCAUUCUGACAACUCUAAGCAAAAAAGCCACUUCAGUGCAGGUUAUGCUGCAGCCUAUUCUCACAUAUAUGGCCUGUGGGUAUAUGGGAAGACAGGGAUCACUUUCUACAUGCCAAUUGUCAGAGCCCUUGUUGUGGUUUAUUCUGAGAGUGUUGGACUCCACCGAAGCACUGAAAGCAUUCCAUGACAUGGGCGGUGUCCAACUUAUCUGUAACAACAUGGUUACGAGCACACGGGCAAUUGUCAACACAGCGAGGAGCAUGGUAUCCACCAUUAUGAAGUUUCUGGACUGUGGACCCGGUAAAACUGUUGAUGGAAACAUGAAGGCUAGAGUGUUAGCCUCCGAACCAGACAAUGCCGAGGGACUCCAUAACUUCGCUCCACUGGGUACAAUAACUUCCAGCAGCCCGACAGCUCAACCAGCCGAAGUCCUUCUCCAGGCCACUCCGCCCCAUCGCAGAGCUAGAUCUGCAGCGUGGUCAUAUAUCUUCCUCCCUGAAGAAGCAUGGUGUGACUUGACCAUCCAUCUCCCAGCUGCAGUGCUGCUCAAAGAGAUACAUAUUCAGCCUCACCUAGCAUCUCUUGCAACAUGCCCUUCUUCAGUGUCUGUUGAGAUAAGUGCAGAUGGAGUGAACAUGUUGCCCCUUUCAACCCCAGUUAUUACUAGUGGACUAACUUACAUUAAAAUACAACUGGUGAAAGCAGAGGUGGCAUCUGCUGUCUGCCUCCGGCUGCACCGCCCGCGGGAUGCCAGCACAUUGGGCUUAUCACAAAUCAAGCUGCUUGGCCUCACAGCAUUUGGGAGCACUUCAUCUGCGACUGUGAAUAAUCCUUUCCUACCAUCUGAGGAUCAGGUUUCCAAAACUAGCAUUGGUUGGAUGCGGCUUCUUCAUCACUGUUUAACCCACGUGAGUGAGCUUGAGGCGAUGAUGGCCAGUGCAGCAGCUCCGACGGCCAACCUGCUGCAAACUUGCGCAGCUCUUCUGAUGUCGCCAUAUUGCGGUAUGCAUGCACCCAAUAUCGAGGCUGUGCUGGUGAAGAUAGGGCUGCAAUCAACCAGGAUAGGUUUGAAGCUCAUCGAUAUCCUUCUGAGGAAUUGUGCUGCUUCAGGCACUGACCCAACUGAUUUAAACAGCCCAUUGCUUUUCGGAAGACUGAAUGGCCUUUCCUCCGAUUCAACAAUUGAUAUUCUCUAUCAGCUUGGAACAACUCAGGAUGCUGGUACUAAAGACAGAAUUCAAGCUUUAUUGAAGUGGGUUUACGACUCUGCAGGGGUGGCUGCGCUGAAGAGAGGCGGCCAUGUUGGCAUCUUAAAUGCGGAAAGCACACCACGGGAGUAUGGCCUUCUCAUGCCAUCUCCUUCUCACUUGCACUGUGUAGCUGCAGUUCUUUGGCACAGUUACGAAUUACCUGUAGAAUAUGACCUUACGGGUUUACUGAACCGUGAGCUGUUUGAAUUAUUAUACAACUGGUCCAUGUCACUUCCUUGCAACAUGGUUCUGAAGAAGGCUGUCGAUAGUUUACUGUGUUCCAUGUGCCAUAUUCAUCCCAGCUACUUCUCCUUGCUGAUGGGCUGGAUGGGCAUCACACCACCUCCUGUACAGAGCCAGCACAGACUAUCUAUGACCGAUGACAGCAAGAAGGAAGACCUGAGUUCUGGUUUAACAGAUGAUUCUAAAAAUGCCCAGCCCCCAAUUGCACUUAACGAAUCUCAUCUGGUAACCCUUGCAGCAGCAUCCCAGUCUCCAGAGGCUAUUAAGCAACUCCUGGAAUCUUCUUUACCUUCAAUGCUUGUGAAGAGCUUGAUCAGUUUCUGCUUCAGUCAUAUUUCCAGUGCGGACUGUGCAGUACCUCCUGCCGAGAGCUUCACAGACAGAAACAAGAGGCAGCACACACAGCAGCAUGUGACCAGCAAAGUUCCUCUCUCAGCAGAUCUGGUGGCUCCAGUUCUGCGCUUUCUAACUGAAGUUGGGAACAGCCACAUCAUGAAGGACUGGCUAGGAGGAUUUGAAGUUAACCCACUUUGGAAUGCUCUCUUAUACUUGCUGUGCCAUUCCAGCAGCAGCCCUGGCCACCUUCACAAUGCAUCUCAGCAUGUUGGAUCGAGAUACCUACCUUCAGCUUCAUCUGCAGGAGUAGGACUGACAACUCAACAAAGAACAGCAAUUGAAAAUUCAACUGUUGCGUUCUUCUUGCAGUGCAUUUCUUGCCAUCCUAACAAUCAAAAAUUAAUGGCUCAGGUUCUCUGUGAAUUAUUCCAGUCAACACCUCAGCGUGCAAAUGUUCCAACCUCUGGAAAUAUUUCUGGAUUCAUCAGGAGGCUUUUCUUGCAGUUGAUGCUGGAAGAUGAGAAGGUUACAGUGUUUCUUCAUUCUCCUUGCCCUCUGUACAAGGGUCGCAUUAAUGCUACGAGCCAUGUGAUCCAACAUCCCAUGUAUGGAGCUGGCCAUAAAUAUCGCACUCUUCUUUUGCCUAUUUCAACAACUUUAGCAGAGGUUCUUGACCGUGUUUCAGAUACUCCUGGUAUUACUGCUAAACUAAUUAGUGAGCAGAAAGAAGAAAAAGAGAAGAGGAACCAAGAGGAGAAAGACAAGCUGAAGAGUGACAAUGGCUUCCAGGAUAACUACAGUGUGGUUGUUGCCUCUGGCCUAAAGUCCCAAUCAAAGAGGGCUCUUUCAUCAACACCUCCACGACCACCAUCUAGAAGAGGGAGGGUGAUGGCAGAUAAGUUGACAACUGCUUCUUCAGCAGCAGAAUCUGCAAACAAAACCAUCAGUAUCCCUGUGUUUCACCUCUACCACAAGCUCUUACCGGGUCAACCAUUGCCAGCAGAGGUGACUCUAGCCCAGCUGUUAACUCUACUGUAUGACCGCAAACUUCCUCAAGGCUACCGAUCAAUAGACUUGACCGUAAAGCUUGGUUCUAAAGUGAUCUGUGAUACGGGUUUGUCAAAAACUGAUUCUUUUAAACGUCUUCGUACAGAAAAAGAGCUUGGAGAUGGGCUAACCAGCUGUCCUGAGGAUGAAAUGUUACAACCAAAUGAUGAGUGCAUCGACACUGCCCUGGAUGAGUCUUUGCUUGAAACAAAUCCUAUCCAAUCUCCACUGCAAGUGUUUGCUGGCAUGGGUGGUCUAGCACUUAUAGCAGAAAGGCUGCCAAUGUUGUAUCCAGAUGUUAUUCAGCAAGUAAGCGCUCCAGUGGUAACAUCAACUUCGCAAGAAAAGCCGAAGGACAAUGAACAGUUUGAGUGGGUCACCAUUGAACAGUCUGGUGAACUGGUCUAUGAGGCUCCAGAAACCAUAGCCGCAGAACCACCUCCAAUCAAAUCGACCGUUCCUGCCAUGUCUCCCAUUCCUGCACAUUCUCUGGCAGCAUUUGGACUGUUCCUGCGUCUACCCGGUUAUGCAGAAGUUCUCCUUAAGGAGAGGAAGCAUGCUCAGUGCUUGCUGAGAUUAGUGCUCGGAGUGACUGAUGAUGGUGAAGGCAGUCAUAUCCUACAAUCUCCAUCAGCAAAUGUUCUUCCCACGCUUCCAUUCCAUGUUUUACGCACUUUAUUCCGUACCACACCACUGACUACUGAUGAUGGAGUUCUCCUUCGGCGGAUGGCUUUGGAGAUUGGCGCAAUUCACCUGAUCCUGGCUUGUCUGUCAGCGCUAAGCCACCAUGCCCCAAGAGUACCCAAUGCAAACCUCAACCACACAGAGCCCCAAGUUUCCAGUACAAAUACAAAUUCUACCACUGAAGACCAGCAGUUGUAUUGGGCCAAAGGCACUGGCUUUGGAACGGGUUCAACUGCAUCAGGUUGGGAUGUUGAGCAAGCCCUGACCAAGCAGAGGUUGGAGGAAGAGCAUGUGACCUGUCUUCUCCAGGUUCUUGCCAGUUACAUAAAUCCUGGAGGAAGCACUUCACCUGGAGAUGUACAGUCUGGUGAAAGUCGAGGACAAAACAACAAUGCUCUUCCUUCUGUACUGCUGGAACUGCUCAGCCAAUCCUGUCUUAUUCCUGCCAUGUCAUCCUAUUUGAGGAAUGACUCAGUGCUGGACAUGGCCAGGCAUGUUCCCCUGUACAGAGCCCUGCUGGAGUUGCUGCGUGCCAUCGCAUCAUGCACUUCCCUAGUGCCUCUUCUAUUGCCUUUGUCUGGGGAUAACAGCGAGGAAGACGAGGAACGCACCGAAAUGCAGACUUCUGUUGGAACAUUACUAGCAAAAAUGAAAACCUGUGUAGAUACUUACACCAACAGACUAAGAUCCAAGAAAGAUAAAAGUAAAACUGGGGCCAAAUCCGACACGGCUGAGGCUGAAUCUGAGGGGCUAACGCUGCUUGUGCCUGACAUUCAGCAAACUGCAGAGAUAGUUCAAGCAGCAACCACUAGCCUCCGACAGGCAGCUCAAGAAAAGAAAAUUGCAGAAUCAACAAAGAAGGCAUUAUGCAGGCCCAGACCCUCAAUUAUCACACGCUCUCUGGAGGAAAAAUAUGUCGCUGCAAUGAAAAAACUGCAGUUUGACACUGCUGAGAUGGUCACAGAAGAUGAUGAUGGAAAACUGGUGUUCAAAGUGAACUACCAUUACAUGUCUCAGGUGAAGAAUGCCAGCGAUGCCAACAGUGCUGCCAGGGCCCGACGCCUUGCCCAAGAAGCUGUCACACUUUCCACAUCUCUUCCUCUGUCCUCUUCAUCCAGUGUCUUUGUGCGUUGUGAUGAAGAGCGAUUAGAUAUAAUGAAGGUUUUGAUCACAGGACCAUCUGAUACACCUUAUGCAAAUGGUUGUUUUGAGUUUGAUGUAUAUUUUCCCCAAGACUAUCCCAAUUCUCCUCCACUGGUGAACCUGGAGACUACAGGAGGGCACAGUGUACGAUUUAAUCCGAAUCUUUACAAUGAUGGAAAGGUCUGUUUAAGCAUUCUUAACACUUGGCAUGGAAGACCAGAGGAGAAGUGGAAUCCUCAAACAUCUAGUUUUUUGCAAGUACUAGUCUCAAUCCAGUCUUUGAUACUAGUAGCAGAGCCUUAUUUCAAUGAACCUGGCUACGAGAGGUCAAGGGGUACCCCAAGUGGCACACAGAGUUCCAGAGAAUAUGAUGGGAAUAUAAGACAGGCAACAGUCAAAUGGGCCAUGCUUGAACAAAUACGGAAUCCCUCCCCAUGCUUCAAAGAGGUCAUACAUAAACAUUUUUACUUGAAGAGAGCUGAAGUUAUGGCCCAGUGUGAAGAGUGGAUUGCAGAUAUUCAGCAGUACAGCAGUGACAAGCGGGUUGGCAGGACAAUGUCUCAUCACGCCGCUGCACUGAAGCGUCAUACUGCCCAGCUACGUGAAGAGCUGCUCAAGCUUCCUUGCCCUGAGGGUCUAGAACCAGAGUAUGAUGACACAGUGGAGAAGAGUGAAGAGACGGCAGCUGGUGAAACUGAGCUUGUGUCACAGGGCGAGGACAAGGCCGGCAGCAGCGGCAGCAGCAGAGACCACUCCCCCAGCGACAAACUAUGAUCUGCAUUGUGCGGACUUGAAAGACUCAAAAGGCUUUGAAGCACAAGCCAAAUUUUGUCAAUAUUUGUAUGUAAGAAGCUAAUUAUGUAAUAGGUAAUAAAAUUGAACUAUGCUAUGCCCUACAACCCCCUGUUUAAAUCAAUAUGAUCUUUUAUUUACCUGUAAAAGAGUGUAAACUUUUUUGUGCUUUUAUUUUUUUUGAAUUGUGACAUAACCACUACAUGGUAUGUUUGAAAAAAUUGUUCAUGUAUACACUGAUGACAAACUGAUAAAUCACUGAUAUAAGGGAAAUACAUUAGAAUGUUUACUGAAUGUUAAUUUUUCAGUUUUGGCCAUUAGAGGGCAGUUGUAACCAGGAAUAUAUUGUCAUUCUUAUAGAUAUUUCACUUAUUUAAAACUACAGAUCUUCAGUUUGAUAGCCCCCUCCUUCUCUUUGCCCUCCUACCCUCUCCCCCCCACCCCAAAAAAAAUUGUUUGGCCAUAUUCAUUGCUCAUAUUCAAUUUCUACAGACUCCUGUAACUUCAAUAAAAGAUGAAUGGACAUUC